AUGGAACCUCGGCAAUUCCUCUUGGUCGAUGGUACUCAACCGCACCGACCAAGAGGCCGUCCUAGGAGCAACUGGCCCGAAAGGCCGCCAGUAGUUGCCCAAUCACAAUCAUCAGCAGCCAUUAUUGAUAACGCUCUCCAGUUAUCCAGUGAAACCACUCAGGCAUAUUAUCGCCUUCAAGAUCAUCUCUCAUGGACUGGCGACACAAAGGGCGUGAGUUCUCGGCGAGAUAUCAUACAGCGGAUCAACAAUCUAGACCUGGAAUUGCCAUAUUCUUUUAUUUUGGACUUGGUCUGCUCGAUCGUCACAUUCCAUUUAUCUCUCCUGGAACCUGAUCGCCAGGCGUACUUCCAAGACCUUGCAGAAGGCUUCCGCUCUUCGGGUAUCCACAACCUUGCCCGCAUGUUAUCAUCGGUCGAUGGGGAUCACGGACGUGCACUCUUCGCUGCAUCUGUACUCGUUUGUAUCACAACACUGGCAAAAGGACCCUGUCGAGGAGAUUACCUUUUAUUCAGCGACACAGGACUUCCCUCAUUGUUUGAACUACUCCAGGGACCUCGGGCUAUUCUUGCCAGGGUCGGUAUUGAAAAUGCAUUCUCAGGGCCAUUACGAAAGUUCGCGUGUAGCGGGGCCAAGGUUCGGGAGCCUGCAGUGGCACACGUCAAUAUUCCACAUCUUCAUUGGAGCGACCAACUCGAUCAGUUGAAGCAAUUCAUCAUUGAUGCCAGAAGCACCGAUUGCCAAUCAGACCUGAAGGCUCUAGCAAGCUUGCGGGUAUGCUACGAAGCAACAUGGGGAAGGUCUGACGGGACAUAUACCGGUGAGGCUAUAUAUCAGCUGCCAUUUAUAUGGGUAUGUCACUUGGACAGUGGGUUUGCUGAUCGGCUAAGAAACAAAUCUCCCAUUCCUCUUGUAGUGUUUGCAUAUUCUUGUGUGCCUCUCAAGGUCUUGGGGCAUAUCUGGUUCGCGAAUGGAUGGCCCCAAUAUAUUCUGUCGGGAAUUCAGGGCGUUGUAGACCCAGUUUAUCUUGACUGGCUGGAAUGGCCGGCUCAAGCUCUAUACAAUAGCCUUUAG